AGAGAAGAUGAGUAGCCACGGCAACAGCCUCUUCCUGCGCGAGAGUGGCCAGCGCCUGGGCGGGGCGGGCUGGCUGCAGGGGCUGCAGGACAGCGUCCAGCAGAGGGCGCUGCGCACGCGCCUGCGCCUGCAGACCAUGACCCUGGAGCACGUGCGGCGCUUCCUGCGCAGAAACGCCUUCAUCCUCCUGACGGUCAGCGCCGUGGUCAUCGGGGUCAGCCUGGCGUUCGCCUUGCGCCCAUACCAGCUCACCUACCGCCAGAUCAAGUAUUUCUCUUUCCCGGGCGAGCUUCUCAUGAGGAUGCUACAAAUGCUGGUGUUACCUCUGAUCGUCUCCAGCCUGGUCACAGGCAUGGCGUCCCUAGACAACAAGGCAACGGGGAGGAUGGGGAUGCGGGCGGCUGUGUACUACAUGGUGACCACGGUCAUCGCGGUCUUCAUCGGCAUCCUCAUGGUCACCAUCAUCCACCCCGGGAAGGGCUCCAAAGAGGGGCUGCGCCGUGAGGGCCGUGUGGAGACCGUCCCCACCGCCGACGCUUUCAUGGACCUGGUCAGAAAUAUGUUUCCCCCCAACCUCGUGGAGGCCUGCUUCAAACAGUUUAAGACCCAGUACAGCACGAGAGUGGUCACCAGGACCAUCGUGAGGACAGAGAACGGGUCAGAGCUGGGCGCCUCCAUGUCUCCCCCAUCCUCCUGGGACAAUGAAACCGGCGUUCUGGAAAAUGUCACCCGGGCCUUGGGCACCCUGCAGGAGGUGCUGAGUUUCGAGGAGACGGUGCCCGUGCCCGGCUCUGCCAACGGCAUCAACGCCCUCGGCCUCGUUGUCUUCUCUGUGGCCUUCGGGCUGGUCAUCGGUGGCAUGAAGCACAAGGGCCGGGUCCUGAGGGAUUUCUUCGACAGCCUCAAUGAGGCUAUUAUGAGGCUGGUGGGCAUCAUCAUCUGGUACGCACCUGUGGGCAUCCUGUUCCUGAUCGCUGGGAAGAUACUGGAAAUGGAAGACAUGGCCGUCCUCGGAGGUCAGCUGGGCAUGUACACGCUGACGGUCAUCGUGGGAUUGUUCCUCCAUGCUGUUGGCAUCCUGCCGCUCAUCUACUUCCUCGUCACCCACCGGAACCCCUUCCCCUUCAUCGGGGGCAUGCUGCAGGCCCUCAUCACUGCCAUGGGAACCUCUUCCAGCUCUGCAACACUGCCGAUCACCUUCCGCUGCCUGGAGGAGGGGCUGGGCGUGGACCGUCGCAUCACUAGGUUCGUGCUGCCCGUGGGGGCCACGGUCAACAUGGACGGCACCGCACUCUACGAGGCCCUGGCUGCCAUCUUUAUCGCUCAGGUCAACAACUAUGAGCUCAACUUGGGCCAGAUCACCACCAUCAGCAUCACGGCCACAGCAGCCAGCGUCGGAGCCGCGGGCAUCCCCCAGGCGGGACUGGUCACCAUGGUCAUUGUGCUCACGUCUGUAGGCCUGCCCACGGAAGACAUCACACUAAUCAUCGCUGUGGACUGGUUCCUCGAUCGACUUCGCACAAUGACCAAUGUGCUGGGGGACUCAAUUGGAGCGGCCGUCAUUGAGCACCUGUCUCAGCGGGAGCUGGAGCUGCAGGAGGCCGAGCUAACCCUCCCCAGCCUGGGAAAGCCCUACAAGUCACUCAUGGGGGCGUCGAGAGGCCGGGGAGGAAACGAGAGCGCCAUGUGACGGGCGUCCAGCUCUCUGCCCAGGGAGAAGGGAAGGGGGACCCAGGGGACAGUCUGCUGCCCAAGUGACUGUGGCCUCAAACAUA